GAUGCCAGACAGGGGAGUCCGACCACGGCAGGAUGUGUCCAGGAGGUGCAGCGGGAUCCAGUGUGUGGUCAGACGCCGAGGAGUGAGCACGCACGGACCCACGCAGGCGGGGCGUCACACGAAGAACUUGUGCUUCAGGACUUCUUUCCUCUCUCCUUCGUGUUUCAUAGAAGAAGCUUGUUGCCCGAGGAAGGAGACUCGAAGUCAACAGCCGCAGACACGACGAUGGCGGCCAGUGCCAACCUGAAGCGCCUCUCCCUCGCCCUCCUGCUGGCAUCGCUGGCGCCGCAGGUCACGCUGGCGCAGGAGGCGUCCCUCGGGCAGCUUGACCCGGAUUACCUGCCGCCGCGCCCUGCCAGCCCCUUCAAGCCAGCGGGCAACGUAGCUCUGGUAGCCGAAGCAGCCCCAGCACCCGCGGACUGCUCCCAGGUGUGCCCCUUCGACUACAGCCCCGUCUGCGGGAGCGACGGCGUCACCUACACCAAUGAGUGCACCUUCAGCGUCGCCGUCUGUAAGGACUCGGGCCUCCGCCGCCUCUACGCCGGUGCUUGUGAAGUUCCUUCAGUCCCCGCAGGACCCCGGCCCCCCCACCCUCCCCGAGCUUAACCCCCGCCC